GAGCUGGUGAGGACAGAAAACAAGAAAAAGACAUUUAUGAGCAGCUGGUGCCACCAAGAUUCCUGGAAAGAUUUACCAACAAGAAAGUGAGGAGAGGAGUCAGCAUUACCCUUUCAGUGAAGGUGGAAGGGACUCCAUCACCCUCAGUAACGUGGUUGAAGGAAGAAUCUCAUGGUGAAGACAUCCUCUGGAUCAAAUCGGAUACUCCAGGUUAUAAACUGGCCAGUUCCAAUAUGCAGCACAGUCUGAUCUUAUUGGAUGUGGAAAAAACCUAUAGUGGAAACUAUACGUGUAUUGUCUCCAAUCAGGCUGGUCAGUCUAUCUGUAGUGCUUCAUUGGAAGUUUUAGAUGCUGGGUCAUGA